UCCAUCCGAGCGCACCAGAACAGCCCAGUGUGAUCACAGCCCUACCUCUGUGAGACGGUCCCUCAUCAUCUUUCCCUUGAUCGAAUCGGCUCUCUGCUUCUCCUUUGUCAGUUUGAUCCCGGCAGUGUUGUUUCUGGCUCCUCCGCGGCCGAGCAGCUGUCGAGGCCCAUGUGGGUCGUGAUCUCCCAGAUAAGCUUCUACGCACCUUAAAUAAAUAAUAACAGCUGCGGUGGUCGCUCACCACUCGUUCUCUGUGCCCGCGAUGGCAUUGAUCUGUGACGAGAUGGCGGAUAAAGAGGAAGAGACAAAGGGCUCUUUGGAGAGCCAUCCUUCCCCCGAGGAGUCGAAGCCAAAUCCAGACUCGUCUGAAUCCCACGAUGCCGUCCCAAAGAACGUACCUGCUCCCCGCGGUCCUAAAAAGCGCACCAAGACAGGCUGUCUGACGUGUCGCAAGCGGCGCAUCAAGUGUGGUGAAGAGAAGCCAAUAUGCAACAAUUGCGUCAAAUCGAAGAGGGAAUGCGAAGGCUACGCACAGCGCGUCAUCUUCAAGCAUCCCUUGGGUCCUUUCGGAGCAUUUCAGACAGGACCUCUGGGAAGCCACCUGCAUCAGCCUCCGAUGGGCUUGCCUCUGUACAGUAAUUAUAAUGCGCAGUAUGCUCAAUCUCUGCCUGGAGGGUCGCAGCACCCUUUGCUAGCUCCGCGCCCGGUAUAUCUCCCACCGACCGGGGCUGCUGGACUGAUCAAUGCUGGAACAAUGCCUCAGUUACCUGACGGACAGGCAGCGAAUGCGGUGCCAUUGUAUUAUCCAACAGCAGUUCCCACAGGACAGACUCAGGGAUUCGCACAGCCGCAAAACUUCGUUGCGCCGCAGCCAAUACCUACCGCCACUGAACUGACUGGCACGGUAGGGGAAAAUGGUAGAUAUCAAGAUGCAUUCGUCGCGCCGUCUUCAUAUCAACCAUUUCUCAAUCAACAGCAGCCUUGUCAGAUCCCUGUAUCUGGGACACCUCAACUAAAUGCUCUUAACCAAGGUGAUAUGUCGCAGCACUUCGGACAGAGCUAUCUACUAGGCGCAACGAAUUGGGGUCCUAUACCCGACUCUCGCGUGUCACAGAUCCAACCAGCAGUCAGUUCCGGUGAGCAGAUAGUUAUCGACCAUUCUCCAGAAAUACCCCUGCACCCCAAACAACCCUCGCCGUUGCAGAUACUAUCCCCAUCUUCUGGUUAUGAAAGCGACGACUAUUAUGAUGUCGAUUCCGAUGAAGAAAUGUCUGAGCAGACGCAAAUCGAGAGUUUCAAUCAAUUGAAUCUGAUAAUGGCGUCCGCUCGUCAUGAUGAACGUCUAAGAUCCUUCACAACACAUCUGAACGAGCCAAAUGUGUUAGCUUCCUAUCGUCCAUCGAUGGGAUCAACACCUCUCAAUAACCCAAAGACCGCACGGAUCUUCAUGCAUUUCAUUCAUUCAACAGGGCCGUCCAUCUCCAUCUGGGAAAGACACCCGACGAAUGCCUCAAUCAGGCUGGGGGCGGUGAUUCCGCCCGCUCACCAGGGCUUGUGGACGUAUACCUUACCACUCAAAGCUUUGGAGCAUCCUGCAUUACUGCAGGCUAUUCUUGCCAUCAGUAGCUUGCAUAUUGCGAAGCUCCAGGAUGCACCCCCUACAGUCUCAAUGAAACAUUAUCACUACGCACUAAAGAAAGUGGGAACUGCGGUCGGUCUUCCUCUACGACGGAAACAGAUUGCUACAUUGGCAGCUACACUUCUGCUUGGCUUCUACGAAGUCACAGCAGCUGAACACCACAAGUGGAACAGCCAUGUCGCAGGUUCCUCACAGCUCAUCAGGGAGAUCGAUUUUGCAGGGUUGACUCGGGACCUGCGGGCUCACCGGCGCAGGGUGCGAGCACAGCAGGAGCGGAUGGCUCAGAUGGAAAGCUGGCCUUGGUAUGACCAAUUUAGCGGAGGGGCGACGGAGGAUGAUCCGUUUUGCGAAAAAGAAAGCGAGGUGGAUGAGAACCUGGUCGGCUCCUUAAUGGGUCGAGUAAUUAACUAUGAUCAAUUUGGACGAAUCGAAGGUGAAAGCGAGGCAGCGUCCCCGAAGAAGAAGCAUUUCACGAAAAAGGACAUCGAGAAUUACAGGAUCCAAAGCGACCUCUACUGGUGGUACACCAAGCAAGACCUUUUCCACAGCUUGAUUAGUGGAAACCGUCUCUUCACCUCUUACGACCAGUGGGGACAGUGCCCACCCCGUGCCGGUAUUGGAAGGUUAGACGCUGUAUACGGGUCUAUGGAUCAUUUGAUUCUUCUCCUUGGUCGCUUGGCCGACUUUGCUUACAGAGAUCGUAAAAGGAAGAUCAGGUCACUGGCAACUACUGGCGGCGAGUGGAGGCCAAACUCGGAAUUUUUCAAGUUCAUGGCACGCUUCGCACCUAGAGGUCGCCAGCCUCAUGGAGGAGCCAAUGUGAUGGCGCCUGGUGAUGCUGCCAGUAGCUUUCCUCCCCAGGGACCCCCAGUUGUCAUGCCUCCUCAGCCAUCUGACCGGCAGAAUCGGCUUCGAGAAGACCCGCCAAUGUAUGGCAUGGUGCCGCAACGCGGUCCAGUCCGCCUUCCCUCAGCAUUCAUAGCUACGGGGCGAGGCUCGGGCGUCAUAUCUGAUGAUACAGAGGAUACCAACCUGGCGGAAACGCCCUACAAGGAUGCGGAGGCUGAGUGGGAAGAUAUGGUAGCUGCUUUCGAUCUGUUUGCUAGGUCCCUCGGCCCUGAGUAUAUGCCUUUGUCACCGGACAUUGCUGCUCCUAUUUCGACCCCGUUUGGGCCAGCAUUGCAAUACCGCACCCACACAAUAGCCGUACUCUGGGCUUAUUAUUAUCUUGGGCGAAUUCUAUUGAAUCGACUGCAUUCAUCCAUGCCACCGGCCACGAUGGUUGCUGCUGGUGUGGCAGCAUCGACUACAGUCGAGUCUGCCCAGACGAUCGGAAAGAUAAUGGCUGGUAUCUACCAUCCGCAACAAUACAAUUUUGAAGCAGGCAGCCUCAACCCGACAAUAGGUGGUGCCCUCACAGAAGUCACAGUACCAAUGUUCUUUGCGGGUGUGCAGUAUCAGGAUGCUGCUCAACGAGGCUGGACCGUCUCGAAGCUCACUGAGAUCUCUCGUUUGACAGGUUGGCAGACAUCAUUCUCGAUAGCAGUCGGAUGCGAGUCUGCCUGGGUGGCCGCUGGUAAAAAGGGCAGAGGUCCUCCGUACGAGUAUACUACAAAAAAAGAUCUCAACGAGCCGGAAAUUAACGUGCACAAUACGGUCUCAAACAUAGCACGAAGGCAGACUCCACCGCAUGGCAAUACAGAAUUGCGAUUUACCACACCCUCUACUCGGGAGCGACUUCACUUCGCCCAGGGUCUCCUAGGGUUGGAAGAAGACAUUCUCACGCUUGAAAUAGAAGACCGAAUAUAACCUCAUCUCCAAAAAGUUGAAGGGGUUGCAUUCUUCUCGAACCGUUGGAGCGUCUAAGGAAAACCUAGAGUCCUGUCAGCAUACCGUUGGACUUGACGCCACGAUUGAGAGGUGACUGA